GUUACCAGUCUCCAAAUCCGCUGUUGGUAACAUAUGUCACGCACGCUAAAGAUCUUUUCUCAAGUUCCCGCAAAGAAACAGGCCGGUGGGAACAUAAAGUGAAAUUUAAAGACAAAAUGGGUUCCAGGUUUGAUCGAAGUUUUGAUAAAAGAGGUGGAGGAUAUGGAGGUGGCGGUGGAAGUUAUGGAGGUCGCGGGCGAGGAAGAGGUGGUGGCUCAGGGAGAGGAAGAGACAGUUAUGGUAGCCGUAGUAGCUUUGAUAGUGGCAGCAAGUUUGAUGGGCCUGGGAAGACAUUGAGAAAGCCCAAGUGGAACCUCAGUGAACUUUCUGAAUUUGAAAAGAACUUCUACAGGGAGCACAUAAAUGUUCAAAAUCGUACAACUCAAGAAAUAGAGGCUUACAGAGCAGAAAAGGAAAUAACUGUUAUUGGCCGAAAUGUUCCAAAACCUGUAUUUACCUUUGAAGAAGCUGGGUUUCCAGAGUAUGUCAUGGGUGAAAUCAGAAAAGAAGGAUUUGUAGAACCAACAGCAAUUCAGGCCCAAGGAUUUUCAGUUGCAUUGUCAGGAAGAGACUUUGUGGGCAUUGCUCGUACUGGCUCUGGAAAAACACUAUCUUUCAUUCUCCCUGCCAUUGUACACAUCAAUGCUCAGCCCCUCUUGAGACCUGGAGAUGGCCCAGUGGUAUUGGUUCUUUGUCCAACAAGGGAACUGGCACAACAAGUACAGCUUGUAGCUGCUCAAUUUGGAAGAACCUCUAAACUGAAAAGUACUUGUGUGUAUGGAGGCGCUUCAAGGGGUCCACAGAUUCGAGACCUAGAAAGAGGAGUAGAGAUAGUAAUCGCCACACCAGGUCGUCUCAUUGAUUUAAUUGAGGCAAGGAAGACCAAUCUGCGGAGAGUAACAUACUUAGUGCUAGAUGAAGCUGACCGAAUGUUAGACAUGGGAUUUGAACCUCAAAUAAGGAAGAUUGUUGACCAAAUUAGACCUGACAGACAAACUCUUAUGUGGAGUGCUACGUGGCCUAAGGAUGUCAAAAGUCUUGCAGAUGACUUCCUUACAGAUAAUGUGCAAGUUAAUGUUGGCAAGCUGACACUUCAUGCCAACUACAAUAUUCUACAAAUUGUUGAUGUCUGUGAAGAGUAUGAAAAAGAGAAAAAGUUGUCAAGGCUCUUAGAAGAGAUAAUGUCUGAUGACAAAGAGAAUAAGAUAUUAGUUUUUGCUGAAACAAAGAAGAAAACUGAUGAGAUAACACGAAGGCUAAGGAGAGAUGGAUGGCCAGCCAUGUGUAUCCAUGGGGACAAAUCACAGCCUGAAAGAGACUGGGUACUCAAAGAAUUUCGUGACGGGAAAGCACCUGUAUUAAUUGCUACUGAUGUUGCCUCACGUGGACUAGACAUUAAGGAUAUUAACUUUGUUAUCAACUACGAUUUCCCGAACUCUGCUGAGGACUACGUCCAUCGAAUUGGUAGGACUGCUCGAGCUGAUAAGAGUGGAACAGCAUACACGUUCUUCACCGCUGGUGACAGCAAGACUGCGCAAGAGCUGAUUGAUGUGUUGCAGGACGCCAGUCAAGAAGUACCUGAUAGGCUCAGAUCAUUAGCUUCCUCGAUGCAAGCCAGGGGAGCAAAGAGAAGUCGUUACAGAAAUUCUGGAGGUGGGGGCAGAGGAUUCGACCGAGGAAGCAGUUUCGGGGGAGCUACAUCACACAAGUAUGUUGGUGGACACGACCUACGCGCCGGUCAGAAGAGAUCUUACAGUGGAUCUCAAAGUGGCCCACCUGCCAAACAGGCGUAUGGGAGCAGUAGGCCUCCUCCACCACCACCAAGUCGUCCACCACAGAAAACCCAACAGUACCAAUCUGGCCAAAGCUCAUAUGGCUCGUACAACCAGAGCCAGAGUAACGGAAGCUGGAGUUCGCAGUCGUCACAACAAAACUAUGGUUCUUGGAAUCAAGGCGAUAAGGGACAGCAAAAUCAGAACAGCCAAUACUCCUAUGGUUAUUAGUCGAUGUCACUAUUUAUAUGUUUACUAGUCGAAUGCAAAACAUUGUUUUGCUGCUUUUACUUCGAGUAGCCUGUAUUGCAAAUGGCGUGCAAGACGUUAAAGCAUUUUAAUUGUUCUAAUUUAAAACACAGCAAUGAAUUUUAAAUGCUAACGCCAGUAGCUUUGAGGCCUAACGCUGGAAACAAUCGUAGUCGUCGACGAUGAGACUUUGUUAUUAUUGGACAAUUUCUGCUUGCAGAUCUGUUAAACAAGGUUUCCGGUAGUUGCUGCCGACUGCCCGAGCUUCAGUGAGAAUUCUGUAAAUUUUUCUCUUGAAACUCCCUGAUGAUUUUCAGUGUAAGCUCAGCUGUCUAGCUCUUAGUGAAUUUUUUGUUUUAUGUAAACACUUCAUUAAAUGUAUCAUUUUUAUUAUUAUUAUUAUUAUUAUUUAGUUGGGUUUCACAAUAAA